AUGGCUCAGGGGGGGACGGGGGGGACCCUCAGACGCUCUGCCGCAUCCUGGGGGCAGCCUCCCAGAGGGCCAGAAGCCAACCUGGAGGUGAGACCUGAAGAAAGCUGGAACCAUGAUGACCUUGAGCACUGCCGCGAAGCAGACUCCACUCCGGGAAGGCCCGCCGUCAACGGCGAGACGGUGGGCGGGGAGCCCCACAUCUGCCGUGUAUGUGGGGACAAGGCCACUGGGUAUCACUUCAAUGUCAUGACGUGUGAAGGAUGCAAGGGCUUCUUCAGGAGGGCCAUGAAACGCAACGUGCGGCUGCGGUGCCCCUUCCGGAAGGGCGCCUGUGAGAUCACCCAGAAGACCCGGCGGCAGUGCCAGGCCUGCCGCCUGCGCAAGUGCCUGGAGAGCGGCAUGAGGAAGGAGAUGAUCAUGUCGGACGCAGCCGUGGAGCAGAGACGGGCCUUGAUCAGGAAGAAGCGAGAACGGAUUGGGUCGGAGCCCCUGGGAGCCAAGGGCCUGACUGCAGAGCAGUGGGCGAUGAUCCGGGAGCUGAUGGACGCUCAGAUGAAAACCUUUGACACCACCUUCGCCCAUUUCAAGAACUUCCGGCUGCCGGGGGUGCUCAGCAGUGGCCACGAGCUCCCAGACGCUCCGCAGGCUCCACUCGGGGAAGAAGCUACCAAGUGGAGCAAGAUCCGAGACGACCUGUCCUCCCUGAAGGUGGUCUCCCUGCAGCUGCGGGGGGAGGACGGCAGCGUCUGGAACUACAAGCCCCCGGCCGAGGGCAGCGGCAAGGAGAUCUUCUCCCUGCUGCCUCACAUGGCCGACAUGUCCACCUACAUGUUCAAAGGCAUCAUCAACUUCGCCAAGGUCAUCUCCCACUUCAGGGACCUGCCCAUCGAGGACCAGAUCUCACUGCUGAAGGGCGCCGCCUUUGAGCUGUACCAGCUGAGGUUCAACACGGUGUUCAACGCGGAGACGGGCACCUGGGAGUGCGGCCGGCUGUCCUACUGCCUGGAAGACCCCGCAGGGGGCUUCCAGCAGCUCCUGCUGGAGCCCAUGCUCAAGUUCCACUACAUGCUGAAGGAGCUGCGGCUGCGCGAGGAGGAGUAUGUGCUCAUGCAGGCCAUCUCCCUCUUCUCCCCAGACCGCCCCGGGGUGGUGCAGCGCAGCGUGGUGGACCAGCUGCAGGAGCGCUUCGCCAUCGCCCUGAAGGCCUACAUCGAGCACCACCGCCCGCAGCCCGGCCACCGGUUCCUGUUCCUGAAGAUCAUGGCCAGGCUCACCGAGCUCCGCAGCAUCAACGCCCAGCACACCCAGCGGCUGCUGCGCAUCCACGACAUCCACCCCUUCGCCACGCCCCUCAUGCAGGAGCUGUUCAGCAUCUCGGACGCCUGA